AUGGAUCGCCGGCGACCGGUGAUUGGGCUGCUGAGGGAUGUGGAGUCGAGGCUGCCCCCCGGGUUCAGGUUCCACCCCACCGACGUCGAGCUCAUCUCCUACUACCUGCGUGCCAAGGUCGCCGAUAACCAGCAGACCAAGCAUCAGCAGCAACCGCCGGCGACCACCAUGGUCUUCGAGGUUGACCUCCAUGAGCGCGAGCCCUGGGAGCUCCCCGUGGCGGCCAAGGUCAGCGGCAACGAGUGGUACUUCUUCAGCUAUCGAGACCGCAAGUACGCGACGGGCUCGCGCACGAACCGGGCAACCAAGCUUGGUUACUGGAACGCCACCGGCAAGGACAAGGUGAUCCACCACCAUGAUCACCAGGAGCCUGCAGCAGCAGCAGCAGCUGGGAUGGUGAUUGGCACGAGGAAGACGCUGGUGUUCUACUUUGGGCGCGCCCCCAAUGGAAGAAAGAGUGGCUGGGUCAUGCACGAGUUCCGCUUGCUGCCACGUCUCAUGCAAAAAAUGAAAAAGAAAAAAAUCCGCGUGGGGGCCGCAGCAGAGAAAUCACGCGUGGGCGUGUGGACUGUGGACCCCACCUCCUGCCGCUCGCAGGGCACUGCCUCGCCUCGCGCGCCAGGAAGCGAGUGCGGAAUCAGAGUUUUCCACAAGGGUAAAGGAGAAAAUGAGCAGCAAGGCACUACUGGUCCCGGCGCCUCAUGGCCAGCCGCCGGUCUCUGCUCGCCGCCGCCGCCACUGCAGCAGCAUCUGGCGGCCGCUGACAACCUCGUCGACCACCGCCGCCAGUUUCUGGAGAUGAUGGACAGCUCCAACAACACAGCUGCUGGUGGACGCCAUGGCACCACAUCAUCUGCAUCAUCCGGCGGCGACUCUCUUGCAACAGGCACAACAUACCACCAGCAGCAGCAACUUCGACUUCUCGGACUGCUUGGCCGGCGACGAGAUAGGCUUGGCCGGCUGCGGCGGAAACUGCACGAUGGAGAUGGUGCUGCUGCAGGACGGCAGCUACAACCACGACGGAGUCUACUACUUUUAAAGUGCCAGAAAAAGUGCGUACGUGGUCAGAAAGAGGGUUGA